AUGCAGGGCCUCAGCGCCGCGCUUCUCCUGAGCGCCGGGCAACUGAGGCCUGCGGCUGCCUGUUACCGCCAAGAAGGCAGCUCUGAGUGCAGCUGGCACCGGAGGCCGCAGCCGCCCGAGCUCAACACCAAUUCCCCUUCCCGGUGGCCGUGGGCAGGCAGCUCCCAGUUCCACCAGCCUGGGAGGCUGCAAUGGCCCGGGCCCGCCUCCGCCAGGCCCGAGGGGACACGUUGCCGUGGGGAUUACAGCCCAUUUCCUGUACGCCACCUAAGCAGCGCCCACGCCCACAAGUCGUUCGCACCGGGUGCCCAGGACACUGCGAGCUCCCACCCGGUCUGCUCCCUGCUCCCCCCGACCCUGGAUGAGCCCCUGCCUACUGCCCCGCCGCCACCUGAUGAUUCCCUUGUCCUCUGGCGAGGAUUCUCCAAGGGACCUCACCACAUGGGCCGACUCAGAAACGCCAAAAUCCACGUAGAGAGAGCCGUCAAGCAGAAGAAGAUCUUUAUGAUUCAUGGCCGAUACCCAGUGAUCCGGUGUCUAUUGCGCCAGAGGGGAUGGGUAGAAAAAAAGAUGGUCCAUCCCCAAGGCACCACCCUGCCACCACCCCAGAAGGAUCUAGACAGUUCAUUGAUGGGUGAUAGUGAUGCCAUGGAGGAUGAGGAUGAAGAAGAGAACGAGGACUUUCGGGAGCCACAGCUGUUGGACUUGGAUGGUUUUCUGGAAUUCGAUGACCUGGAUGGGGUACACGCUUUAAUGUCCCGCAUGGUUCGGAAUGAGACCCCUUACCUCAUCUGGACCACUCGGCGAGAUGUGCUGGACUGUCGCUUCCUAUCCAAGGAUCAGAUGAUAAACCAUUAUGCCCGUGCUGGUUCCUUCACUACAAAGGUGGGCCUGUGUCUCAACCUCCGGAAUCUGCCAUGGUUCGAUGAGGCUGAUGCUGACUCCUUUUUCCCACGAUGCUAUCGCCUGGGGGCGGAGGAUGACAAGAAAGCCUUUAUAGAGGACUUCUGGCUGACAGCUGCCCGCAACGUUCUCAAGCUGGUGGUAAAGUCGGAAGAGAAGCCAUACUCCUCCAUGCAGACAAGAAAGGAAGAGGCCCUAGAAAUCACACUGCCCAAGAAGCAGGAGAAAAAGGCAGUGAUAGUGUCGUCAGAGUUUGUGGACGAGGCGCUGAGUGCGUGUGAGGAGCACCUCAACAGCAUGGCCCACAAGGACAUCGACAAGGACCCAGAUGCCCCGCUCUACUUCAGCCCUGAGGGGUGGUCCGACUUCCUCCAGCGCUACUACCAAAUAGUCCAUGAAGGGGCAGAACUGAGACACCUAGAGACCCAGGUCCAGCGCUGUGAAGACAUUCUACAGCAGCUUCGGGCUGUGGUACCCCAGAUCGACAUGGAGGGGGAUCGAAACAUCUGGAUUGUGAAGCCAGGAGCCAAGUCCCGUGGCCGAGGUAUUGUGUGCAUGGACCACCUGGAAGAGAUGCUGAAGCUGGUGGACUGCAACCCCAUGCUGAUGAAGGACGGCAAGUGGAUCGUGCAGAAGUACAUUGAGCGGCCCCUGCUCAUCUUUGGCACCAAGUUUGACCUGAGACAGUGGUUCCUGGUGACUGACUGGAAUCCACUUACUGUGUGGUUCUACCGAGACAGCUACAUCCGCUUCUCCACACAGCCCUUCUCCCUCAAGAACCUGGACAACUCUGUGCACCUGUGUAACAAUUCUAUCCAGAGACACCUGGAGGCCUCCUGCCACCGGCACCCGAUGCUGCCCCCCGACAACAUGUGGUCCAGUCAAAGGUUUCAGGCUCACUUGCAGGAGGUGGGCGCCCCAAAUGCCUGGUCUAGUGUCAUUGUACCCGGCAUGAAGGCUGCUGUGAUCCACGCCCUGCAGACCUCCCAAGACACUGUGCAGUGCCGGAAGGCCAGCUUUGAGCUCUAUGGGGCCGACUUUGUGUUUGGGGAAGACUUCCGGCCCUGGUUGAUUGAGAUCAACGCCAGCCCCACCAUGGCACCUUCCACAGCUGUCACUGCCCGUCUCUGUGCUGGUGUGCAAGCAGACACUCUGCGUGUGGUCAUUGACCGGCGACUGGACCGCAGCUGUAACACGGGAGCCUUUGAGCUCAUCUAUAAGCAGCCUGCUGUGGAGGUGCCCCAGUACGUGGGUAUCCGGCUCCUGGUGGAGGGGUCUACCAUCAAGAAGCCCAUGGCAGUGGGCCAUCGGCGCUCAGGAGUCCGCUCAUCACUCCCUCAUCUGCUGACCCAGCAAGGCUCUGGGGAAGGCAAGGACUCAGGGUCCCCUACCCACAGGUCAGCUUCUAGGAAAGACGCUGGAGCCAGAAGCCUGAGACACCCUGAGAAGCCAGACUCGACUGCCGCCACUUCCGUCUCUGGAAAGGGGAAGAAAGCCCCUUCCUACUUCCCUAGUCUCCAUUCCAAGGCCUGGCUGCCUUCUCCCCGCGUGCUCCGACCCCAGGGCCGGGUCCUCAGACUGCAACGUGGCCGGCUGGUGGGCUCUAAGGCUCUGUCAACCACAGGCAAGGCCUUGAUGACUCUACCCACUGCCAAGGUUCUGAUGUCCUUCCCACCUCACCCUGACCUCAAGCUGGCACCCAGCAUGCUGAAACCGGGAAAGGCUGCUAUUCCCCUGCACCUUCGAGGCCCCCACUUUGGAAGUGCCUCGUGGCCUCUGCCCUUUGAAGCUGGACCUCUUCCUAGCACCCACAGGAAAGUCAAAGCCAAAGGCAAGUUCAAGGCCAGACUCUGCGACAAACCCAGGGCUGAGGCAUACCCUGAGAAGAGGCUGAGCUUCCCCAAACCCUUGACCCUUAUUUUGACAUCCCAUACACUGUGGACCAGGGGGCCUAUAAGGAUAGAGAAACCCCUGUUCUGAUCUCCACUGCCCUAUCCUGGAUCCAGAAUCAUAUUAAAAAACAAA